AUGGUUCUACCAGUUGUAGUUGGAAUUGCAGCAGCUGCAGUAUGUGGAAUUUUAGCUACUUACCCAGUGUUUCAUGUACCCUCAGUUGAGUGGGUUCCGGAUGGGUGGGGUCCGGAUGACGAAAUUGAGAAAAAGUUAUAUGUCGAAAAAAUGAAUGAACUGAUGGAGAAGCCUUUGUUCGCGGAUUCCGAAGGAUCCGGUCAAUAUCAUCGUAAUUUGACAUCAAAUUGA